UUAACAGUGUAACACCGGGCGGAAGUAAACAACACAGGAGCUAGUAGCGUUAGCUGCUGGGUGUCCUGUGUAUAGAAGAAGCUUCUCAGCAGGAAAAUGACUCGUCUGACUUGUAAUUAAAGCAGCAAUGUCUUCAGUUGAGAGUUUGAGAGAGUUAAUCAACGAGCGACUAACUGCUGCUGCUGAAGAAAUAUUCCGAGUUUUUCAUAAAACUAUCGUCGAGUAUGAAACAGAGAUCGACCGUCAGCGCAGACUGCUGGAUAUCAUUUGGAAACCUGAGAUAAGGUUACAGAGAACAGAGCUCCCACAGCAACAUGUCUGGAAGGAAGAGGAGGUUCUGGCUGACCAGGAGAGGAACUCCAGUCUGGACCAAGAGGAGCCAGAACCUCCACAGAUUAAAGAGGAAGAGGAGGAAGUCUGCAGCAGUCUGGAGGGAGAACAGCUGCUACUCAAGCAGGAGACUGAAACCUUUAUGUUGACUCCUACAUGUGAGCAAAGUGACAACAGUGAAGAUCAGACUGAGGACUUGAGUCCUGAUGAAACUCAGAGUGCAGCAGAGGAAGAGCAUGUUGUCAACAUGUCAGUUAAAAGCUCUGUGGGACCAGAACCAACCAACAAGGACCAGCUGCUCCAUCACAACUCUCAUGUAGCUGAGAGCCGAGAUCACAAAGGAGGCAAACACGGAGUCUCCACCACAUUAAAGACUCACAGUUACACAGACAAACAGUGUUUUAAAUGUGACACAUGUGGGAAAGUUUUUAAAUACAAGUCUAUACUGCACAGACAUCUGAGAGUCCACACGGGCGAGAAGCCGUAUAACUGCAACAUCUGUGGGAAAGGAUUCUGUCAGAUGGCAGAUGUGAAAAAGCACAUGAGAGUCCACACGGGGGAGAAGCCGUACCCCUGCGCCAUCUGCGGGAGAAGAUUCAGCGACGUAACAAAAGUGAAAGUACACAUGAGGACGCACACGGGCGAGAAGCCGUACACGUGUAACACCUGCGAGAAAAGGUUCUCUCGGCUGGGCGUGUUGAACCUGCACAUGAGGAUCCACACGGGUGAGAAGCCGUACGGUUGCAGGACUUGUGGGAGAGAGUUCAGACACGGACAUCACCUGAAGAUCCACAUGAGGACACACACGGACGCUCUGGUGAAGUUCUCCAGGUUCUCUGAAGAACCAGACGAACCCAGUCACAGCUGUUUAUCUGAUAUGAGGUGGAUUUGAUACGAUGACUGAACACAUGAUAAACGUCCCUCAGAAACUGAAAUGAACUGAGAGGUUUCAUGAUAAUCGUUAGAGCAACAGCAGACUGAGAGAAGUUUGAAACUCUGAGAAAAGCUAAUCAUGUGUUUGUUUGUGUUUGUGUAACUCAGUUCUGAGGAGCACGAUGGACUGACUGACUUUUACUGCUGUCAGAUGAAUGAAUCUGUUCAGAGAGACGGCUGCAGAUCAAUAUUUACAAUGUACAACGAUCAGUUUAUGAAAUAUAAUUAUUGUUAUGAAUGAGACUAUUCAACAGUAUGUUAUUAAAAUGAGCUGUAAGUUUUUCUGACUUCAGAUUUGAACUGUUUUAUGUGGAAACAUGUUUGUUUUUAAAUGUUUGAUUUUCACAGGAAACAAAAGCUCGAUAUUAAAAUAAUCUAAUCAAUAAUAAACAUAUCGCUCUAAAUGGAGCCACUUAUUGAUACUUUAACUACAUUUAUACUGAUAAAACAGUGAUGUCACACACAGAGGAUGAUGUCACACACAGAAGAUGAUGUCACACACAGAAGAUGAUGUCAGGUUGUUUUAUUACUGUAGAGAAUCACAGCAGAAGGAGAGUAUUGAUGACAUCACAGCUCUAUAUGAUAGAAGCCCCCCCCC